AGUAAGAGAAUUUGUGGUACCAUAUCCAAAUUUUGCGUUUUUUGGAUUUUUUUUUUUUUAAACUGUGCCUCGUUUGUUUUGUUAGGCAGAAUGUGCGUACUUGUCACGUGUUGCGCCACGUGUUCCUGAAACGAUACCACGUUUGAUUGGCCGUAUAAUCACGAAAUUGCGCCGUGAUGGUGAUACUCAUGCUGCAUUCAAUGGACGCCUUUUUUCGUCGCUAAAAUCUCAUGUUGAUGAUGUUGAAAAAGAUGAGAAGAAGAGAACUGGCUUUGCAAUGAUCAUGCAUGUUAUGAAAGAUUACUUUGUCCCAGCGAAAUUUCCACCAAAAGAAGAAAUUUUUGAAAUUUUUUGCAAAACUUUCUGGCUUGGAUCAUAG